GGAGAAGAGGGGGAGGGAACCGGAUUGAAAACAGAUCAGCAGAGCCGCAGGUCUGUAAAGCAGAGCCAGAGGUCCAACCGGAGGCGCAUGAUGCGUGUUUGGUGAAAGACGCGCAGAGCUGGAUGCGCUCCUCCUGCGCAACAUGGAUGACUGCGGAACGAAGCCUGGAGCCGCUGCCUGUGUCUCUGCUGCGGGACGCGCUGAGCUCCUGCUCUGAAACUGCUGCCAUAACUUUCCCAGCUCCCUCCAUGGAGCCUCCAGCGCGCCGCUGAGAAAACUUCCCGACUUUCCUCCAAACGCAAAGUUAGAAAGAAGGAAGAAAAGGAACGAAGAAGCUGGAAAAGGUCCAGCAGGAUUUGUAAACCAGCAUGGAAGCUUCCGGUCCGACGGCCACCGACAAGAAGGAGAGCAAAAGUUCUGCUUUGGAUGGAAGCAGCUUCCCAGAAGCUAAAAAGCCGUCGCCGGGCAGCCUGACCAGAGGUACCCACCACUUCUUCCCCACCUUCCAGACGCCCAUCCCAGUCGAUAUGAGGCACCAUGAGGGGCGGUACCAUUAUGAGCCACACCCACUCCACGCCGUCCAUGGCCACCCCGGCCUAACAGGAAGUCCUGUCAUCUCAGAUAUUUCUCUUAUCCGACUGUCGCCGCACGCUGCAGCCGGGGAGACGCCUUUCAGCCCGGCGCAUCCGUACAUCAGCCCUCACAUGGACCAGUACCUCCGCUCGGUCCACGGCAGCCCCACCCUGUCCAUGAUCUCAGCCGCCCGAGGUCUGAGCCCGGCAGAAGUGACCCACGAGCAUUUGAAGGACCGAGCCCUGUUCAGUUUCCCCCCUCCUCCGCCAGGGGCCAACCCUUCAGAGUACUACCACCUGAUGGCCAGCGCCAGCCAGAGGAGCCCCUACGGCGACCUGCUGAUGCAGAACGGCGCGGCAGCGGCCGCCGUCCAUCUGCCGGAUUACAUCAGCCCUGUGGACGUCUCCCGUUUCUCCAGUCCAAGGCUGACACCGCGGCUGAACAGGAAGAGGGCGCUGUCCAUCUCGCCGCUGUCAGACGCCAGCAUCGACCUGCAGACCAUGAUCCGGACCUCACCGAACUCCCUGGUGGCCUACAUCAACAACUCCCGCUCCAGCUCCGCUGCCAGCAGCUCCUACGGACACCUUUCAGUGGGAGGAAUCAGCCCCACCUUCAGCUUCCCCCAUCCCAUCAACCCUGUGGCCUACCAGCAGCUGCUGGCCCAGCAGAGACCCCUGAACGCCUUCGGCCACACGCCUCCUCUCAUUCAGCCGUCGGCGUCUCCUUUCUCGGCCCGCCAGCACCCCGUCUUUGCUUCGUCCAUGUCUUCACACAACACCUCAAACUCAGAGAGGAACCAGAAUGCCAGUGGAGAUCCGGCGGUCAGCAGCACCGUAAACCAACUGAACACCAAGAGGACAAAGGUGAAAACAGAGGCAGAGGGUCCAGUUCCUAUUUCCCCAUCCUCUCAGGAGCAGGGAGGGGGGGUCCUGGACCUGAGCGAAGAUUUGGAUAAAGAUGAGUGCAAGCAGGAGCCAGAGGCCAUUUACGAGACCAACUGUCACUGGGAGGGAUGUUCCAAGGAGUACGACACCCAGGACCAGCUGGUCCAUCACAUCAACAACGACCACAUCCACGGAGAGAAGAAGGAGUUCGUGUGCCGCUGGGAGGAGUGUUCCCGGGAGCAGAAGCCCUUUAAGGCCCAGUACAUGCUGGUGGUCCACAUGAGGAGACACACGGGAGAGAAGCCACACAAAUGCACGUUCGAGGGAUGCUUCAAGGCCUACUCCCGCCUGGAGAACCUGAAGACCCACCUGAGGUCGCACACUGGGGAGAAACCGUACGUGUGCGAGCACGAAGGCUGCAACAAGGCCUUCUCCAACGCGUCGGACCGCGCCAAGCAUCAGAACCGCACCCACUCCAAUGAGAAACCGUACGUCUGUAAGAUCCCCGGCUGCACCAAGCGAUACACCGACCCCAGCUCCCUCAGGAAGCACGUCAAGACAGUCCACGGACCCGAAGCCCACGUCACCAAGAAGCAGCGCGGCGAGGCGCCGCCCCGGCCGCCGCCCAGAGGGAACGGGGAGAACGAGGCGAGCUCCAAACGCGGCCCGCCCGGCGCCGACGGCAAGGCCGACGCCAAAGGGGCGUCCAGGGGGGGAGACGACAGCCUGCAGGUCCGCUCCAUCAAGACGGAGAACUCUGUGACAUAUCAGUCCAGUCCUGGUGGCCAGUCGUCAUGCAGCAGCGAGCCGUCGCCUCUUAGCAGCACCAACAACAACGACAGUGGGGUAGAGAUGGCGCUGCACAGCGGGGGCAGCUUCGGGGACCUCAGCGCGCCGGACGAAGGUCCCAUGGUGGACUCUACCGUCUCCAGUGGGGGGCAGCAGGCGGGGGUGGAGCUUCAGCUGAGGAAGUCUUUGGCCCACGGAGGAGCCGUCACCAUCAAGCUGGAGAACAUCAAGCAGGAACGGCUGAAGUCGGUGAGGGACCCCUGCAGCUGGGUCCCCGGCAGAACGCAGGCGCCACAGGGCCAACACUGCAAGCUGCCGCCCAUCCCUGCAGCCGGUUCCUUGCUGGAGAACUCCAACAUGAUGAGUAACUUCCGCUCGCAUCCCGGCCAGCCAAUCGAAGAGCUGUCUUCAACUGAAGUAACUCUUCUAAACCAGCUGAACGAGCGGCGUGAUAGCACCACCAGCACCCUUAGCUCCGCCUACACCUUCAGCCGACGAUCCUCCGGAAUAUCGCCCUGCUACUCCAGCCGUCGCUCCAGUGAGACGUCCCAGUUCGGCGCUAACCGCCACAACAACAUCAGUUCCGCUGACUCGUACGAUCCUAUCUCCACCGAUCUGUCUCGGCGCUCCAGCGAGGCCAGUCACUGUGGGGGUGGGGGUGGCGUCCCCGGAGGUGGUGGGGGAGGCGUGCCGAGCCCUCUCAGUCUAACGCCUGCCCAGCAUUAUCGGCUAAAAGCGAAGUACGCUGCUGCCAUCGGCGGAGCUCCGCCCACUCCUCUCCCUAACGUGGACCGCAUGAGCCUGAGGACGAGGAUGACUCUCUACGGCAACUCCCAGGAAGGCUCAGCGGCGCCCUUCCUUCAGCCGCCGCCUGGAACGCAGCCCAGGAGGUUCAGUGAUGGAUACGGCUCGUUGGGCAUGAUGCCCCAUGAGGUACCGAUCAACCUUCCACGUAGGGCCAGCGACCCAGUCCGCCGUGCCCAGCUGGAACCGCUUUCUCUCCUGAGGGUCCAACGUUACAGCAGCAUGAACAACGUGAAUCCCAUGAACCCCCCCUCAGCUGCUGAGCACCAUCAGACUAUGGCUACGCAGGGCUACACUCGCUCCGACGGAAGUCUCCAACGCUACCCGUUUGCACCAAGACCCCCAAGCAUUUCUGAGAACGUAGCCAUGGAGAACAUGGCGGUCGAUGGGGUGAUGGCCGGUGGGGAACCGAGUGCUGAAGAUGAAAUCGUGCUCCCAGAUGACGUGGUUCAGUACCUGAGGUCACAGAAUUCUGGUCCGACGAGUCACAACAAUAACCCCCACAGUCUGAGUCUGGGCCACCAGCCCAGCAUGGCCCCACCGCUGCACUUUCACGGGCAGAGGAGGAUGGCCAUGGUGGACUCCAGCCUGGCACAGUCUGGUCAAGAUAUGCAGACCUAUCAGAGGGGCCCUGGUGGCUCCCAGCAGCCUUUCCCAGCACCGCCAGAGAACAAGAACAACAUGCCGGUCCAAUGGAACGAAGUGAGCUCAGGGACGAUGGAGACGACCGCAAAGCUUCCCACACCACCGCAGCAUCCGGUUAGAGGAAACCUGGCGGUUAUCCAGCAGAGGCACGGCUCUGGGCCACUUCAGAGCCUGAGUGGCAACCAGCAGGUUGGCUCAAUGAGUCAGAAUCUAUCUAUGCAGGGCUAUUUGAACAAUGGCCACCAGCGGCCAGUGAAUACCUCCCUUCAGCAGAGACAAUGCAGCAGCGUCUACUUUACCGAGCAGAUGAGCGAUCAGCAGGACUUCAGCCAGGAGGGAAGUCUUUAUUCAGGAUCUGGAAACUUGCAGCCCGCCCUCAACGCCUCGGCAAACACUGAACUGCAAAAUGGCAAGACCAGAACCGCCAUGGACAGGUACUGCCCCCUAAACCAGGCGGAUCCUCAGAACUACAGCUUUCCCUUCAGGCAGUCACAGCACGGCGUCCAAAAUGGAACCAGAGGAAUGUUCCAGCCCCGGCCGCCCAAUGAGCCGAAGCCGAAGCCUGACAUCAUCCCGCCCAGCCGAAACCCCCGAGUCACAGAUCCGAGUCCCUGCGAUAUGGCCGUCACGUCUGAGGCGAGUCCAAAGAGGCAAAGCAAGGGGGCGGAGCAUAACGGCUCCGACACCCAGAACGCCGCCGUGUUUUACACAGGACAGAUUCACAUGUUCCAGCCGUCGUCCAAUGGGGUGGAUGACAUCAUAUCGCCAUGUGCCAGUGACUCCGCCAGCCACCCCGCUGCGUUGGCCUCUCCAGGAGUCAACCAGGUGUCCAGCAGUACCGUUGACUCGUCCAGUGGUCGAACCGGAGCCGCAGACCACGCCCAGAUCGACUUUGACACCAUGCUGGAUGAUGGCGAUCACUCUAGCCUGAUGUCUGGAACGCUGAGCCCCGGCCUCCUGCAAAGCCUCUCCCCUAGCUCCUCCCGUCUCACCACGCCUCGCAACUCCGUCACCCUGACGUCCGUCCCCGCGGGGAUCGGGAACAUGGCCAUCGGAGACAUGAACUCUAUGCUCACUGCUUUGGCCGAAGAAAGCAAGUUCCUCAACAUGAUCAGCUGAGAGCCAUCGAACGCCUCCUUCCCCCGUUACCAUGUCGACAGCGAGGACGCCUUCAGGAAAACAAAGAAAGCACUGGUUGUUCUUUUAACCGUCAGCAGGAACACGACGAUCUCCUGUUAUUCCCCUCAGACUUCAUCGUGUUUAACGGGAAAACUGGUUUCCUGAUGUUUAAAGCCAUAUUCUAACAGCCCAGGGUAUCU